UCCCUCCUGUCCAUACACAGGACCUUCCAUUCGGUUGCGUUGCUGCCCGACACUGACAGACAGGUCAACCCCGGCUGGCUGCACUACUCUGGUCUGGUCUGCUUUGUUCUUUUUGCUUCACUCGACUACGAUUCUUUACUUUUCUCUUUACUACAUUCCUUGCCCUGCUUGCCUGCUUGCCUGCCGCCCAGUCCAGUUCAGUCCAGAUCUUCCCGUCCCUCUCCCCCAUCCUCGCCCUGCCACGGGUCCAGUAGUAGUGGAAGUGGAGUGCGUUGUGGGAUCUCGGGAAAAGGUCCCAUCUGUUGGGUUGCGGUUCAUUGCUUGCGGGUACGGCCAAUACUGCACAAAGUAUAAGUUUUCGGCUUGCCGCACAUUUCCUCCUUCAACCACCCCCAUCCCAGAAUUAUCUCGGACACCUCACACCUUAACGUCCACGUCAACCUCAUACACUACGCACACUUUACUUGUCUUCAUUCCGAAACAAGUCUACCCCUUUUUAUCUGAGCAAGCAACGCCAGUCUUUCUUCUUCCACUUCCCAUAAGCAGAGCACACAAUUGGUCGCCCUGCUCGCUGAUCCGCAGCGCCUACCCCUUCUACUACCCUUCCCCAACCAGCGAGAGUUCGACUUGGACCCAAGGACCGAACAAUAAGAGUUCUGGGAGAUCCGAUACCCCCUUUUGACUCUCCACCAAGAAUAGCCUAUCUUUUGGAUUGCUUCAAGUCGCGAGGCCCCUGGCAUCCGAGCUCUCCUCUACAGAUUGAUUAUCAUGAACUGCAAUCCUCCUCGUCUUCCUUCUCCCCUGUUGGAGACACACAUACCACAGGCGUUGACGCCUUGAGACACGCCAAUACAAUUCCCCUCACAGUGUCAAAGCACAUCAGACACUACUAGAUAUAAACGGCAGAGCAACUAUGCGACCUACUACACCCAAUUACAACUUCUCCAGGCAGGCGGGCCCCUCCUCUCCCCCUCAGACACCUACGACAGCAUCGGCAUCAUUCAAAUACAAGAACAGGCGGAAUGGCAUGCAUUUUGAUCCCACCCAGCUGCCAAAGCAGAAUGAUCUCUCCCCACGAUCCUCCUCCCCCUCCUCCUCGACGCACCAUUCGGACUCGAGCAACAGCCCCCCACGAUCUCUCUCGUCCUCCCCCGUCCCACCUUUCUCCGAAUCGCCUCCACGAAAACCUACAAGAGCAACAGUGGCAGAAGGGAACUUCACACUCGAGGAAUUUGGUGAGAGCGAUUACGAAGGUUGGGACUCGGAUGAUGAGGACGUCAUACGGCCUCACCAGUACGAAGAUGCGGAGAGCGACCGAGCGGCCUCUGUGCGGUCCGUUCCUCGUAGCGACAUCGACCCGCGUGUCCUCCACGGUCUGAAGAACCUGCAAUGUGAGACCACUGAGGACGAAAGGGAGAUAUGGCUCGAGCAGCAACGGGCGGAGAAGCGUCGCAAGCGCAGGAGUUCGGGAAGUGUACAGAAACGGACUAUAAGCCAGAGUAUUGGCAGUGAUACGGAUGAGGAAGAUUUAAAGCCAGUCACUUUCGAGGGUGCAAAUGAAAUUGGAUCUAGUGCUAGGAGAUUAAGAAGGAAGACCAAGGGCGAGAGAACCAGCUUGAUAUUCGACGACCCGCCCCCCAGGAUUGACGAAGAGGACGAAGGUCCUGAAAGUGUGGAGGAGAUUGUCGAGGUCAAUGAGGGUGAGACUGACAUUGAGGCUGGAGAUCUAAGAGAAUUGCCAUACUUCCGAUAUGUCCAAGAUAUGGAUGUCGAUUCGGAUGACGAUUGAAUGGGUGGAGAUACGUUUGAUAUCCUCUUCGCAAUGGAUAAUGAGUGAUGAACAAUGAAUGAAGAACGAUUAUGAUUGAUGAUUAUAGAGCUGGGAUGACGGAGAAAGGGAUACCGGUAUUGGGCUGGGCUUGGGCUUCGGCAUCAACUGCAUUGCUUUGGAAGGUUUUCGUCUCGCAUAGCGUUUGGGUUUAUACAAUACUACAAGUCCGCGUGGAAAGCAUAGCGACUAGAUAUAUAUGUUCACACAAUUGAGUUGUUUGCUACUCUU